UACUGAACAUCAACAAGCUGUACGAGGCAUCAGUGAAGAAGAAGAAGAAGAAGAGGAGGAGGAGGAAGGGAGUUCCUUGCGUUUCUCUCUCUCCCAGCUUUGCAUCACCAUUUCCGUGGAGGAGCCAGAGAGAAUAUCCUACAAGUGGCGAAGCGAUGGUUUAAGCCGAGCGAUUGGGUAGAUUUUAUUUUUUUUAAUUUAUUUGUAUUUUUUUUCAACGACACUGUAAACCUCAUCCCCAACCAAAAAAACAUCUGCCGGCGCUUUUUAGUUUUUCUUUCCUGGGAGGGAGAUGGCUGUUUUCCGGCUGUCGCUGCUGCUGCAAGUGGGAUUUGUGAUCGGAUCGAACCACAAUUACGCGGAAUGGUCCGCGCGCGGCGGCGGCGGAGGAGGAAGAGGAGGAGGAGGAGGAGGAGGAGGAGAAGACAUCGGAGCACGGGAGGUGAUUCACGGCGCCCAGGCGCACCGUCGGCAGCUGGCGCAUCUCCGUGCGCCUCCUCAGCAUCAGCAUCCUCCGCAGCAUCCUCCUCAGCAUCCUCCUCCUCCUGCUGCCGGGGCGACGGCGGAGCUGCUGGCGCAGAAGCUGGAGGAGAACCUCCCGCGGGUGGUCACGGCUUUCCUCCACACCGGGGACGCGACCACCCUGCGGCGCGCCAACUGCUCGCGGCGGUACGAGCUCGCCUCGCUGCGCGGAAGGUCGCCGCACGCCGCCCCGCACCGCUCCAUGGGCGGCGCGCUGGACACGGUGCUGCACGCCGCCAACUUCCUCAGCGUGAUGCUGCAGACCAACAGGUCGCGGGAGCAGAGUCUGCGGCGAGACAUCGAGUGGUACCACGCGCUGGUCAGGAGCAUCCUGGAGGGCGACGCCAGGAUCCACCGCGCGGUCGUCACGCUCGGCGCCGGCGCGUCCGCGCAGGCGGGGCCCGCGGUGCUCCUCCAGGCCACGCGGGCCGGCGGCGAGGUCGUCCUGCGGGACCUGUCCGCCGCGGCCCACCGCCGCCUGCGCAACCGCACCGCGGACACGGAGUGGUACCACGCGGCCAAGGAGCGGAAGGAGCCCGGCUUCCACAGGAGGAUGCUGAGCCAGGACAUCGCGUCGGCGGACAGCUCCCCGCGGCGAGGGGAGAGCUUCAUCCCGGACGGGACGCACGUGAAGUGGUCCGCGCCCUACCUGGAGUGCGAGGAGGGGAACUUCGCCCCACGCUGGCUCUUGACCUUAUCGGCCGCGUUCUACGGCCUGAAGCACGACCUCGCUCCCGAGUUCAGGGGCGUGGUGCGGGUGGACAUUAAUCUGCAGGAUGUUGAUAUCGACCAGUGCGCCGCCGACGGCUGGUUUGCUGGAACCCAUCGAUGCAACCUGACCACUACGGAGUGUUUGCCGACCCGGGGUCACGGAUUCGUCCUAGACAAGUACAAGUGCCAGUGCAAGAAAGGAUUCUUCCAUCCCAACAGAGUCGCGGUCAAUGGCUUCACGAGGAUGGGGAGGAAGGGGAAGGCUGCCGACAGCGGCCCCAACGCCGACGAGGGCUCCUCCAGCGACUGCCUGCCGUGCCAGCAGGGCUGCGCCUUCUGCCGGGACGACACCCCCUGCGUGGCGCGGGAGGACGGCGCCCUCCGCGUGGCCGUGAUCUCCUUCCAGUGCCUCUGCAUGCUGAUCGUCUUCGUCAGCAUGGUGCUCGUCUACCAUUUUCGCAGGAAUAAGAGUAUCAGAGCGUCAGGUCUUGUCCUGCUGGAGGCCAUCCUGUGUGGAGCCCUGCUUCUCUACUUUCCGGUCGGGAUUCUUUAUUUCCAGCCGAGCGUUUUCCGGUGCAUCCUGCUGCGAUGGGUCCGGCUGCUGGGUUUCGCGACCGUCUACGGGACGCUGACCCUGAAGUUGUACAGGGUGCUGAAGGUGUUCCUGUCCCGCACGGCCCAGAGGAUCCCCUACAUGACCAGCUGGCGCGUGCUGCGUCUGCUGGGCAUCAUUCUGCUCAUCGUCUGCUGGUUCCUGGUGGCCUGGACAUCUGCCGUCUGCCAGAACCCGGACAGGAAGUCGGCGCUCAUCGACGUGGGCUACACGCCCGACGGGUUGCAGUUCAGCAUGUGCCUGCUGGAUCGCUGGGACUACAUGAUGGCCGUCGCCGAGUUCCUCUUCCUGAUGUGGGCGGUGUACCUGUGUUACGCCGUGAGGACGGUGCCGUCGGCGUUCCACGAGCCUCGCUACAUGGCCAUCGCCGUCCACAACGAGCUCGUCCUCUCGGCGAUAUUCCACGUCAUCAGGUUCACUCUUGCUCCUGAGCUCCAUCCAGACUGGAUGCUUCUACUGUUCUUCACCCACACCCACUUAACUGUAACAGUCGCACUGGGUCUCCUACUCAUUCCUAAGUUCCUGUUUGCUGGCACCCAAAUGAGAGAUGACAUAGCCUCGGAGGCCUAUGAGGACGAGCUGGACAUGGGUCGAUCCGGGUCGUACCUAAACAGCAGCAUAACCUCGGCGUGGAGUGAACACAGUUUGGACCCCGAGGACAUCCGGACGCCAGACGAAACGGGCCAUCUCAGUUCUAUUAAUGGCUGCGGAGUAAGGUCUUGUGACAGUCUUUGGGAAAAACGUACCAACGAGGAGUUGAAGAAACUCUACUCCCAGUUGGAGAUUUACAAGAGGAAGAAGAUGCUGGCAAACAACCCUCAUCUCCAGAAGAAACGGAGCUCCAAGAAAGGGCUGGGUCGCUCGCUGAUGAGGCGCAUCACUGAAAUUCCAGAAUCUGUGCACCGCCAGUGCAGCCGUGAAGACAAGGAGGCUGGAGAACAUGGGAGCAAUCGUAACAGCAUUUGCAUGUUGAAAAAGAACCCCUUCGAUCCGCCUCACCCUGUGAAACCAGCAAAGGAGGAAACACUGAAGAACAAGGUUUUCUCCCUGAAGAAGUCCCACAGUAGCUACGACCAUGUCCGUGACCAGAAUGAAGACUCCAACAGCUCGGCGACAGACACGAUGGAGGUGACGACAGCCGAAGGCUCCCUCCUGGAUACGCUUAUGGGCAAGAAGCUGGUCAAGAAGAAGUCCAGUGAGAAUAUGAGUGUCCCCAGUGAAUCUACAGAAUCGGUCCCGUUGGUAUGCAAGUCUGCCAGUGCCCAUAACCUCACUGCGGACAAGAAACCAAUUCAUCCCAGAGCCUCCAUGCUGCAGAAGUCACUCAGCGUCAUCGCCAGUGCCAAAGAGAAGACUUUGGGUUUGACGGCAAAGACCCAAAGUGCAGAGGACAGCAAUAAGAAGAGUCAGUCAAAGAGCAAAGACACAAAGGCCAGUGCGGAGCCAGAUGACGAAUGCCCAUCGAAGAUGAUUAUUAGCCAGUCGGUUGAGUACAAACCGAGUGUGGCAAAAGGCACAAUCAUGAAACAGCCGGUGAGUGGCAGCGAGCCAACAAUCUGUUCCGAUCCAGGCAAGGGAAAGGACCUCUAUGAUCUCUCGGAAGUGUGCCCUUGGGAAGUGGAAGGUCUCCCAACUCCUUCUGAAAACAAGGUCCAAAAGCAUGUGUCUAUAGCGCCAAAGGAAACCACAACAAUCCAUGGAGGGAGCACCAAGGGAGGCAAAUCUCAGCAGCAGAAGCCGAGAGCUUCCGAUCACUCGCCAUCGGGUGGCAGGAAUUCGAAGGAGACUCAGAGGACCACUGCUGUUCGAACAGAGGUCUGUCCGUGGGAGGAUGGAGGUGAGAGUCAAGUGGAAGGGUCAAAGCAACAAAUAUCAAGUCAGACUGGUCAACUUGCUAAAACCCAGCAGCCUCAUUCUGCACUAGAAAGCUCCAAAACGCAUCGGGAAGACGUUUGCCCGUGGGAUUUUGAAGAGCCUCAAAAGACAAGCGAGUUAUCUCGCUCACCAGAUACAACAAAGCAGAAAAAGGGCACUUCUCCAGUGGACGGGAGAGGGAAGAGUAUACUUUCAGAUCCGUCCAAAGUAGGAGGCUCACUCCAGCCACCAUCUUCAAAAGUUGACGUGUGUCCCUGGGACUAUGACAGUUCUACAGUAUCUCCAAAUUCUGAGAGGACACCUAGUCCCUCUCGAGUUUCCAAAACCAAGGAAGACCCUUUGAAAAAGAAGGGUACCUCUUCCACAAGAACACUUGCCAGGGAGAAAUCAAAGGACAUUGAUGACGAGAAAAGCAGAACAAAAGCUAAGGACAAGAGCAAAUCUUCAGAGAAACGUGCGAGCCAACAGAAAAUGGCUGAGGUGUGCCCGUGGGAUGUAGAGGGUCAUCAGGAGGUACCGCUGGUAGAAAAAAGGGAAAGUGCAAAUGUUGGAGCGGCCAAAGCGAAACCGGCCGAAGUCUGUCCGUGGGACUUUGAGGAUACGUCGGAUAAAAAAGGUACAGACAAAGGUGCUCCUGUGGUGAAACAGAGCAAUCCAAAUCCUAAAGGCGCCGUCGUCAGUGCUGCUAAAAAGGUAGAUGUUUGUCCCUGGGACUUUGAGGAUAGCACAUCAAGCAAGAAGGCAUGACACUAAACCUUAUUAAUGGACCACUGAAAAUUAUAUUAUUGAUGUAUACUUUUUUUCCACUUUGAAAUCGUCAGAUAUUACCUUCUACUAUUAGUGCGGUGACAUGGAAGAAAAGUUGAUCAAAUUCCACAAGUUGCCUUCCUUUCCGAGGUUUUGUUCCUGUUUUAGCUAUUUUGAAAAUAGGUAAAAUGUACAACAACAAAAAAAAAACAAAGUCAUGACGAGCAUUCCAGAUUAUUACAGGAAAAACCCUGAAGAUAAAUUGUAGACAAAUUAUGCAACUUUUGAUUCAGCCUUUUCACUUCAUGAGCAAUGUUGAAAGUCUGAAUUUAUCAUUUGCUCUUCACAAGACAAUGAUUUUCUUUUUCUUUUUGCGCAUCAACAUCUUCACUUCUUGGACUUGGAUAUGACAUGACAGUCGAAGUGAAGAGGGGGAAAAAUAUAGUUUUUCACUUCUUUUGAGUGUAAGAAAAAGAAGAAUGAGGUAUGGAAACAAACUGCAGAAGUGAACGCCAAAGAAAUAGGGAAACAUUUGCAAAGAGUGAUGUCAGUCUUCAGGCGGUCAAGUUCAUUUAUGAGUUUGUGUCCAAAAAGCCUUGGCUCAAGGGAGAAGGACUCGGUGACGAAAUCAAUCUACAGCACUUUAGACAACCCCAUUAAUUAAGAACCGAGGGCGGACUCUUGUUCUUCUCGUACGCGACGUCUUCUCAUGUUUGACCUCAUGGCAUGAUAUCACACUGGAUGUUACUAACACGCCGACCAACAUUAGACAUGUUCCGUUCCGGUUUUCUUGUUUUUGUUUAGAUCUAUUUAAUUGUAGUUCUUGGCAGAUUCAAACGCUUCCAAGUCUGCUGGGAUGUACUGUAUGUGCCUAACCAACUAGCAUCGUCUCGUAUUAGUCUGAAGUUGGUUCAUCGUCUGCAUUUAGUGACGGUGAGUUACAGGAAACAGCAUGCACAGCCAGGUGUCCAGCAUAGUAGGAGCACAGCUAAUGUGUUCGCAAGUGUAUAACCUUGUUUUGGUUUACCCCCAUUCAUUCAGAGGGGAUAUAGAUGGUAUAUGAGAGCAGCAUUUACAUGAAUGUGUGUCCAAAUGGCAAAAUAUUUAUGAACGCUGUACAAAGUAAGGACAGAGAGAUUCCGUGUGGGGGAAAAUCGAGAAAAAUAAUUUGCACCAGCUUUGUUGAUGAGUCCAGCAUGGGUCUUGUACCGCGUGUGUGAGUGUGUGUAUGUGUGUGUGAUUGUGUGUCUGUGGACACCAGUAUACUUAAUGAGAAACCUUAUGGAGUCUGUUACACCAUCAAGUCCCUGCUUUUUUUUUUUUGUCCUAACCAAUACAUUCCCGCCGUCUCCGACACCAAAAGUUACAGGUGAGCAUGUCACUAAUUUUAGUUUACAAGUGGUUGACAGGGAUUAACUGCUUUAAAGAUGAAUUCUGGUUUGUUGUUGCUGUUGUUUUUUCAUAUCUAUCAGUGACAAUAACAAUUUUUGUGGCAACUAUUCUGUGAAUGUAGAGAUUUGCUUAACAAAAACAUUACCUAAAAAAAUUAAAUGUUUUAAUCAACUACUAUAGAAAAUACUUUGGUGAGAACAAUAUUAUCAGGACUGAUAGAAACAAUGGCCAAUAAGACAUGUCUCUUUUAAUAUUUCAAAAAUAUGGAAGGAUAAUUAUUAUUAUACCAUCAUAUUUCUUUUCUUUUUUUUAUUGUAUUGGAAGUUCACAGGUAGCAUAAUGCAUGUUCUUCCCCGUUUAAUGCAAAGUAGGCUAAAGACCCAACUGACUAAUUAUGCUAAUAACUUUAGAAUUAGACUCCGCAAUGUGGUUAUCAAUUACUAAUUUGACUAAACCUUCUGAAGGUUUUGAUUUGUUCUUUGUUUUGCAUCAAAAUGUCUGAAUAUAUCACCGCGCACACUCCUCCUGCAUCCUGGGAUUACAGUGGAGAAAAAAAGAAAAAAAAAGAAGAAAAUUCCCACAUUAUAACUCAAAAAUAACACACCUGACAAUAUUUGCAGUAAUAUGAGUAUACGAAUAUAAGCAUCUACAGUACUUUACGGUAUCUUGUGAGGAUUACAUGGUAUCACUGAAUGUCGUCACUGAGUGUAAUUAUCUGUGAUUGCUGUCAAAUUCCUCUGGACAUGAAAUAUACAACCUCUGUAGGACUCCUUACUAACUGUGAUAUUAAAAAAAAAAAAAAUGAAAGAAAAAAUCAGUGCUCGUCAGUGAGAAGUUUACUUUUAAGUCCUCAUUUUGAUUCAACACGGCUCUUGAACUCGCCAAGUUUCUGUAGCACAAACCAACCGGAAGCAAUCCAGUGAGAAAUACGUAGCCGUCCUUGGUCCCAUUUUGCCGAACGCUCGACCCCCGCGAACGUGGUUUAGACGCCGCACGUCUCAUAUCUGCCUCCCGACCAAUGAGAAAUGACCUCUGGCCACUGACCUGCGGGGGGCGACUCGUCUGAAAUGUUUGUUUUUUUAAAACGCGCAGUGUUUGCCUCUCAGCGCGAGAUUUGUCAUCACCUCUGCUCUUUUUUUCUAUGAGCUCCGUUAGGAUCAGGGGCGUCUGAGGAGAAGAAACCCCGUCACCGUGUAUGGAUUGAUUGUAAUGCUUUUGAUGGAUCUGCGCGAUAUUUAUGAACCAGAUGUUGCCAUGUCAUCCAUCACAUGCGCCACCGGACGCAGGAUUCCUGUUAUGUGAGAUUACCUGACCUCCUGUAUGACAACGGCGACAUUUCAAAAAGCCCCUUUUCUUGUGAUCACUGCCGCGUUAGAUUUUACUGCCCUGGGCGAUGAAUUAUGAAUGUGGCGUAUAUUCUUUUUUUCCUUCAAGUGGGGCCUCUUUUUCUUCGUCCUUGCAGGGAAGUUUAUUCCGUGCUAAUUAUUCCUUAAAGUCGACGUGACCUCACGCUGAGCUCACUGCGAUUUGGGGAAAAUCAAGUGAAAAAGCGCCAGUACAAGCAAUAUUUUAUAGCAUAUUCAAGCAACGCGUGUCUUGAAUUGAUUUAUAGUGAUUUUUUUAGUUCCCCCCCCCCCUCCCAGGCUUUCCCCCGUGAGAUCUCCAGAUCAGCGAUAGAUGGAGCGCAGAGGAAAACACAGUUGUAGUUAAACAGAAAACUCUUACAGUGCAAUAUCCCUCCACAUCGUGCUAAGGAUUAAGUCACCUCUUUCUUUAUGCGCAGCAUUCAAUCUGCUCUGUUGUUUUGGAUAGUGUGCCUGCUGUAGCAUCCGCCAUGCGUCUGUCUGCGUGUACUGUUACUGUACAUAACCAGCGUCUUUAUUGUCCGUCUCUCUGGAGAUCACCGUCGUACUUUAGACGUCUACUCAUCAACGAAUCGGCGGACGCUUGAAUCGGGUUUUUUUACCCGGGCGUCGUCGCUCUGGUAGCACGUCGAAGGUCGACGAUGCCGCGUCCCGUCGCCUCUCUGUCUCACCGAUCGGAUCGUUGCCACGGCUGGCCGCUUUUAAUUGAAACCCCGACUUCCCGUCUUCUCUUGUGACCAAUCCUCGUGUCACACCCGAACCGCGAACACCACUACUACUAUUGCUACUACUACUAUUCAAUGCUGUGACGUCGUAAAUCUUGCUCUUGUGGCUUCUGCAUGAAUUCCAGAAAUUUAGUAGGACCGAUGUUUCACUGCCCUCGAUAGAACAAAAAAAAAAGAAAAGAAUAAUCGAUAUUUCCAUGGACUGUUACGAGUUGUAUAGUGAGUGAUACCCUCCCCGACCCAAUGUAUACUGUGCUUGUUAUAAAUAUUGCUCUAUGACAAGCGUAUAGCAUCGAUAUAUGGGAAUUUGGUAGAUUUAUAUUGUGUUACAUUGUGAUAGCAUGUACAUAAAAGAUACCUCCUCUGCAAUAAACAUUUAUAUGAAAGUGAA